AUGAAAUUUAUCACCUAAGAUGGUCAAGCUUUUGAAAUUACUGAAAAUACAUUAAAAUAUUGUAGUAAGGUUAGUAACAAAAAUACUGAGACAUUAAAUUUAACUUCCAUAAACAGCAGUAUAUUGAAAAAGGUGGUUUAGUAUUGUGAAAUGCAUAAAGGGGAUGAUAUUAUCCCUAAAAUUUAGAAGCCUUUGUUAUCAAAUAACUUGUAUGAAGUCUUGAGUUUUAAAGAUGCUGAAUAUAUUACUAAUCUGGAAUUAGAGGAAUUACUUCAUAUUAUUUAAGCUGCAGAGUUUCUUGGUAUAAAUACAUUAGUAGAUCUAUCUUGUGCACAGUUUGCUAUGAAAAUAAGAGGAAAAAGUUCUGAAUAUAUAAAAUCCUGCCUCUCUCCUAAAAUGCAUAAAACAGAUGAAGAAUUUUAGAUGUAAAGAGAUAAUGAAAAUUUGGUCAAAAUAUAGCCAAUGCAAAGUUCAGAUUGA